CCUCACUUUCCGAUUCAUUCGAGCCCGACAUUUCGGCCUACGAGUGAUCCCAUUAUUACCAUACCUACCCACGACAUAUCGGAAAAUCCCAACACGAGAUUUUCCGGUGUCUGAACGAAUUGAGGAGGAAGUGUUAUAGCGGUAUUUAUUACAACUAAUGGGGAUGGCGGCGGGGCCAGUAUCGCUGAUGGAUCGGGCUCAACCGAUGGAUGAACAGGUGCAAGGUGACGCUGCUGCCAAGGACGCGAUCAUUUCGUGGUUCCGUGCGGAAUUCGCGGCGGCGAACGCUAUUAUUGACGCCCUGUGCGGGCACCUGGCGCAGCUUCACGGAGGCGGAGGACAAGGAUCGGAGUACGGGGCGGUGUUCGCGGCGAUCCAUGGCAGGAGGCUGAACUGGAUACCUGUGCUGCAGAUGCAGAAGUAUCAAUCCAUUGCUGAGGUGACGGCGGAGCUGCGCAAAGUGGCCGCACAGAAGACGGGAGGAAGCGGAGCUGAUGAGAAGAAGAGAGAUGAGUCCGAUGAAGUGAAAUCCGGCUCUUUGGAUGAUCAGAAGGAAAAGAUUGCCGGGAAAGUGAUCGAAAAUGUGGGAAACGGCGAAAUUGCUGGAAGCGAAGAAGACGACUCACCGGACAGUGACAUCACCGAUUCAGGGUCUCAGGAGGUACACCAAACUGGUGAAACUAUUGAGCUAUGCUCUAACCAUGAUGAGUGCGAUGGACGUCCUUCCCAAUUCAAGCUGAUGAAAGGUUUCUCAGCAAAGGAGCAUGUCAGAGGGCAUAUGGUGAAUGUUGUGAAAGGAUUGAAGUUGUAUGAAGACAUUUUCACUGAGUCAGAGCUGGCUAAGUUGCGUGACUUAGUGAAUGAACUCCGUGCUGCUGGCCAUAAUGGCGAAUUAUCAGAUGACACCUUUAUUUUGUUCAACAAACAAAUGAAAGGAAACAAGCGGGAACUGAUUCAGUUUGGUAUUCCAAUUUUUGGUCAAAUCAAGGAGGAACAUGAGGGCAACAACCGAACAAUUGACAUAGAACCAAUUCCAGCUCUUCUCCAGCACGUGGUUGAUCACUUGAUUCAAUGGAAACUAAUACCAGAAUAUAAGAAACCAAAUGGUUGUGUAAUUAACUUCUUUGAUGAGGGUGAAUACUCACAGCCUUUUCUUAAACCGCCACAUUUGGAUCAGCCUAUCUGCACUCUUCUCCUUUCUGACUCAACAAUGGCUUUUGGGCGCACUCUUACGAGUGAUAAUGAGGGCAACUAUAGAGGUGCACUCACACUUCCACUGAAAGAAGGGUCUCUUUUAGUACUUAGGGGAAACAGUGCUGACGUGGCAAGGCAUGUGAUGUGCCCCUCUCCUAUCAAGAGGGUGAGCAUCACAUUCUUUAGGGUACGCCCUGAUUCCAACCAAGGUCAGUUGCCACCAACCAGUCCUCAAGCUGCUGCCAUGACACUAUUGCAACCAGGCAUGCCAGGCCCAUAUGCAGUGCCAAAUGGACCUCUGAAUGGCUAUGAUGCAGCGAAUAUGACCCCAAAAUGGGGAGUCUUCCAAGCCCCCAUUGUCAUGUUAGCCCCAGUGAGCCCAGUGGUAGUGAGUCCCGGAGGACUUCCUCAGUGUGGUACUGGCGUUUUCUUGCCAUGGACUGCAGCGUCAAAAAAACCAGCUAAACAUCUUCCCCCAAGAGCCCAAAAAGGAAAACUGCUUGCAUUACCACCAACUGUUGAAACACAUGCAUCCAAAGCCGCUCCACAACCAAGCAUCACCAUUGAAGGACAAGCAGCUUGAAGUCAGUCUGAUACAGCCUUGGGACCAAAGAGAAAUGUUGGCAAAGGCAUUCUCCCAUGCUCAAUCAGUCUAUAGAAGCUUCUGGCAUUGUACAAACAAGGCCAAGUGCUGGUAAAGAAGUUCGUUUUUCUCCAUUUUUCCCCUCAGCGGAGUUAGGUUCUAGUGUUUCUACAGUACCCAGUGAACGUAGGGCUUUAGAUGUUGCGGAGCAUUCAAAUUCAACAUUGAAUCCAACUGUGAAUUAGCUCAACUAGAGGCCGGAAAUUUGUAUUUAAGUUAUUUAUAUUAAUCUUUUUCUUACAGACAAUAAUAAUAGUGCUUUUUG